AUGCUUCAAUCCUCUUCGUUAUUCAACGUCUGUCGUGAGCCGCGCUACUCCCUCCUCGUUUCCGGUUCUCAACGACGGAUUCCGGCCGUUUCCGCUGCUUGUAACUGUUUCCGUGAGCGCUCAGCGAGACGACAGCCCUGCAUUGUAAUCACCGUGGCCGGAGCAGCACCGGACCAACAGCGUGCGCACGUGUCCUCAGAGGGUCAAAGACCCACAGACCUGUGCUGGAUGACAGGUUCCAUGCACCUGGCGGCGCUGGCCUUGUGCAGGGGUUCCCCCGCAACGCCGAAUGCGGCCCGAACAAUUUCAGUAUCGUUGCGGCGCGUAAAACACCAUCCUGCACAGAGUCCCCGUCCUUGCCGAGCCGUUCGCGCCAUAUUCCCCGAUCGUCAUUUGUUCAGCGUCACCCUCCUGCGCGCACAUCUGCUCUCUUCGCGCACUACUGACGGCGGCUGCCGCUUUCGAGCCCUCGGAGACUCCUCCGUAAGCGUCUGCAACAAGCGACGUCGCCCGUCUCUCAACCCAAGAGCACGCCGUGUACUACGUAUGCUGUGCGGGACCGUCUACACCGCGUACAACCAGCCACAAGGGCGUAGCAGUAAGGCCUCGGCACCUCUGACCCUCGCGUGCACAGUCUCUGCCAUCCAUGCACCUGACGACGCUGCUAGGAACCGCGUAUUUCACGCUACUUGGGCAAGGCUCAGACAUGACCGGCAACGUACGACGCCCAGGACGUCCGGCGCCGACCGCAUGUCCUCUUACAGCACGAACUCGAUAUUGACUCAAAACAUACGUCUGCAGGCGCCGUCGGAGGGCGGAGCCGUCGCUACGGAUAGGGCUUUGUCCGCUGUGAAGCGCGGCAGAAAGCGCUAUGGAUGCUUUGCAGGACAGGAUGUGCAGGCAAACGCUGGCUGGGCUGCUGCAUGCAAACCGCGCUCAAUCCUGCUGCCGGAUGAGUGA